AGGCGGAAUUUUAACACUCCUUCGUCUCAAGACAUGCCUGUGACCAGUACUACGGAAGCUAUCUCAGUAUUAUUCACCAUACUGCAUCUUUCCAGUACAGUUGUUAAUUGUGCAUCAGAAUUCAAGUCACAGAACGACCUAGUAGACAAUUUGAAAAAAAGUGGAAUUGUUUCCUCAUUAGAUAUUGAAAGAGCGAUGCGAGAUGUUGAUCGCAAAUUUUUCGUCUCAUCGGGUCCUUAUGAAAAUCGAUCACAUAGAAUUUCACAUGGUGGUAUGGUCAGUGCGCCAUAUGUGGAUGCAUAUGUUUUAGAAGGACUAAGACAGAGUCUUACUGUACGUGCACACGUGUUAUGUGUUGGUUGUACCGGUGGAUACCUUUUGGCAUGCACAGGAAUACUGGUUGAAUCUAAAGGCUCUGUUACAGGAAUUGAAGCCCAUGAACAGCUGACUAGAAUCAAUGUAGAGAAUGUCAAAAAUUGGAUGGCUAAAAGCGAUAAAGCAGACACUCUAGGCUUAAAAUUCGGGGCGCCAUUUCACUUUUUAACUGGUAGUAAACCAGAAGAUCAAGUAACCGGAAAAGAAUUUGAUGCAAUUUAUUUGCAGGGAGACGAUAGACGUACCGUUGAGGUGUUAAAACAACUUUUGAAAGUUGGCGGUCAUUUUGUUCAUAUGAGAAGAACUGGAGAAGGAGAUGUUGAAUUAGUUAAGCUAAUUCGACUGAAGACUACCAAAUUCUAUGAAACAGUUUUGGCUCGUAUUCCAUUGGAUGUGCCUACUAAAGAAGAGAAACCAACAGAAGAAGAAUUUUCAAUUGACCAUUACACUCUCGAUUUCGACGAACUACUACUUGCAUCAAUUCAGAUAAAGCAUAUUCCAGAUAUUAAAGUAGUCCUACUGUUACUCGUCUGCACUGUUACUAUCUCGUUCAUCAGAUUAUUUUAAUGAACAGUGUACCGUUCAGUGCUAAGUUUCAUUGAAACCAGAAUUACUCCCCAGUCUAGAGUGACACUGGAACUCGAACUUGCCGAAUAACUUGUUCAUUGUUAUUUAACACUUUAUUCCAAGUCACUAACAUUCGACCCUUCUCAGAUUCAUCAUUAUCGUUCACUUACAUAUAUAUAUAGACCAAGGUGAUACAUACUUUGUUUAAGUCAUGUCAUUUCUUGUGCGUCCCUUGCUAUUUCAUCGUCAGUAACUUUGCAUUAACUAUACGAUGGUAUUUGAUAUUUCGCCUUAAUUACAACACUCUCUAACUGCAUUACCUCACGGAUACUUCUGCAUAUUAUGUUUGUGAUUGUGAGUGUACUAACGGCUUCCAGAACCUAUUUUUUAUGCUCAAGGUUUAUUUGUAGUCUUUAUUUAUCCAAUUAACUUAGUAAUAUACGAGAUAUCAUCAGCGGUCUAAGUGUAUUCACAAUUAUCUUAACAUUAUAAAUAAAAACCCAACUCAAUAAGUGUUAGCUAAUCAUUAUGUUUACUUGUUUCAGACUAAGUUAAACUUUUCUGUUAUUUUUCCUGCUGUAAGCAGUUUACAAUGUUAGCACAGUUCAAAAAGGGUCAGA